AGUUGAUGUGUGUGCUUUAGGUCUUGUAUUUAUUGCGUGCUUUUUUGCUCUCUGUCUCUGCUUUCUUUCUUACGUGCUUCGUUUGUAUAACAUUCAAACACGUUGUUACAUCGAAUACCACAACAAAACAUACGUUCGUUCAUCAAGUCAUUGAUUCUACGCUCAUUGAAAACACAAAAUAAAAAUAUACACUACGCUAGUUGAGCACUAAAACUGAAACAAGCAAGUCUUUUUAUUUUGCACAACGAAUUGGUUCUUGAUUUGCGAUUAUUAAGUCCGCCCGUGUCAACCAGAAAACCAUUUUUUUUUUCCGUGGUUCAAUCGAAAAAUCAGCGUUUGGAUGCUAUAUAAUAAAAAUUGGUAUAAAUCAGUUCAAUUAAACCAGAUGGCAAUCAAUAAGCAAGUGAACUUUGAUUCCCAUAUACUCAAAGCAUCGAUGUAAAUUGAAUAGUUUUCUCUUCAGUUGAAGUCCAGUAAUAACAAUAAAACCAAACAACAAAAAAGGAAUAAUAAAAGGAGCGUUAUCGUGAAAUCAGUUAGUUUAUCACCGCAGAUAACAUACUGCACAACAAUAACAACUACAGAAAACCAUUCAAAUCGCAUAUUUUCCGUUUUUUUUUUUAUAAUUGCAUUUUUGUUUUGUUUUAAAUUCCAAAACAAUAACACUUGAAUAAUAAUAGACAAGUAUAAUAAAACGUUAAAAAAAAAAAUUGCCACGAAAUCGAAGACGGGGAAACAAAGUGAACAUUUUCAACUUUGGAAUUGAUGUAUAAAUUGCAACUUGAAUAAACAGUUCAGUACACGUGUGUGUUCCAAAUACCGUGAUUAUUCCUUUUACGAGUACUUGUAGCACAAAAGGUGAAAGGAAGUGAACGAAAUUCGCGCUCAAUAAAAUGCACUGCAGAUGAAGUUUACAUGCGUCUUACAGCAAUCUUGAAAGCAACAAACAAGCAAACAAGCAAACAAGCAAACAAAAAACGCAAAUCAUAUAAGGAUUACUCAAAACGGCAAAAAGCAAUAAAAAAAAACAACAAAACACAUCGUGAUAUAAAGGUGCACAGACAUUAAACAGCAACCGAGAGUUUUGCCCAGCAACGCGUGAAUUUGUGAAUGAAUUGAAAGAGAAUCGAUUCCAUCAAAAUGACAGUUUUAGUUUCGGACAAUCUUUCGGAGCCGAUAUGGAAUUUGGAACGACGUGAAUCGUCGGGUCAUUUGUUUUGGGCACGGGAUUCAUCUAAAGUGAAAUUCCGUUGUGACGUCGAGGUGCUUGAAUAUGUGAAAGAUCCCGAUGAGCACAAAUGCUACUAUGACUCAAAUAAUAACACAACAACCGAUAAAUUAACAAACGUUGCCGUUGUUUGUGCAACAUGCAUCGCCGCCAUCGCAGUAACGGUAUUUCUACCGUGGUUUCUGAUUGGAUCCAAUUAGCUUCAGGGACGUUUUGAUUGAUUUUAUUUUCCCUUCCAUUCAUCCCUUACAUUUAUAUGGUAGUCAAUUUCGAUGUAUCGUCUACAGUCCACAGCAAUGGACUGGGCAUUUUGGGCACUUGGGUAGAACAAAAUUCGUCUAUUUUUUUUUUUAUGUAUUCCCCUCUCUUAAUGUGUAUAUUGUAUAUAUAACAAUAAGUGUACUGAGUAAUGUCUGUUUCGCAAAGAGGAAGAAGAGAGAGAGAAAAAAGGCAACAUUUUUUUCUAGACUUAAAAUUGCAUACCACACAUAACGUUUUAUCAAAGAUGUUAAGACAUUGAAAGAAGAAGAUGAAUAAAAAAAAUAUUUAUUUCGCGAAUCUCAGCAUUUUUGAGAAAAAAAAGAACGAGAAAAAGGACAAAAGUAACUCUUUUUUGGCUUGAUUAUAUUGUAAUGCCCGGAACUGAACUGAACUGAACUGAACUGAAUCAACAUUUGCCUCGAUCUCUCUCUUUUCAUUGAACAGAUCUUCUCUCACUUUUUCCUUUUGAGUCACAAAUAUUUUGUGAAUUUGGAACAACAAAAAAAAAAAAAGAAAAUCAGAAUAUGUAAAUGAUUUGGGAAAACAUAAAUAUAAUAUUUAUAUUCGUAUGUAGAACAGAAAUAGAUAAAUAAUAAGAGAUGCGAAUUUAUUUCGCAGCGGAGCGCAGAAAGGUGCGGACAACACGAUUUCGGAAAGCAAAACUUGAAACCAUUUUCCCACAUGUUGAAACAGCAGCACCGAUUUCAACACAUUCUUUGGCUUAGAAAAUAUUGUUUAUCACACAUUUUGUGGGCAAAAAGAAUGGAUGGUUUUUUUUUUCUUUGAACUAAUAAUUUUAUGAACUUUGUUGCUGACGGCUUUAUAUAUCACCGUUUGCAUGUUCAUUUUUGUAUUAAUUGUCACUGAAAUCGGCAUAGUAAUGGCAUCUCAUUUGAAAUAGAAUGAUCGUUAUUUUGAACAGAAAUUAAAGUGAUGGUUAUUGAAUUAGCUGACUCCCUCCCCAGAUAUAUAAACAGCGAUAGAGACAAAGAAUGUGUGUUUCAACGGACUUUUUGCAGACAAAAAAAGUGACGAAAUAUUUAUGAAUUUGUUAUCUACAAAAUACCCGCUGUGAUUUUUUUUUUGGAGAGACAUUUAUUUUUUUUAAUAAGAAAACUAAAAUAAAACAAAAAAUUAUUUAAUAUAAAAUGUAAUUGAUAUUUUGAAUAGAUGCUGUAAUUGCGAAACAGUUUUCGAGUGUUUAUUGUAGAAGAAAAAAUCAUGGGAAUGACAUCUUUUCAAUUCAUCUUGUUCCCUUUCCUCUUUUCAAUUUAAAUAUACAAUUUAAACGCUACCAACAUCUACCAAUAAUAAAACAACAAUAAAUAUUUAGAAAAGCUCUUCUUUUGACACAAAUUAAUUAACUCUACAAAACAAAUAUUUUAUCUAUGGAGCUAUGUCGUAAAUCAUUGUACAGAUUUUUUUAAAAAAAAAUAUAACUAUAAAAAAUAAAGUCGAAAUGUUCAACUCCACUACAAA